UUGUUAUGACAUUUUAACCGGCAAAAUGUCAGCGGCUUUUAGGCGCUGUUACUACUACUCCGGCUGGAGGCAGAAAAAUUCAUUUUCACUUUUAUUAAAUACACGGAAUGUUAGUAAUUCGAAGUCUCUUGCACUGGAUAACAAUGAUACGAACAAGGACCUUGGACACUAUACUGAGUUCAAAAAAGUCGUGAAAUCCCAAAAUGUAAACUACAAAGAUGGUCACACGUGUUUCCAGAUACCAUGUAAAUUGUGCGAAAAUCCUGCUCCGGAAAAAUGGGCAUAUGUCAACAAAACUACUGGCGCCUUUUUGUGUCCAAGCUGUGAUGUAAAAGUUCCUUUGUUACAAGCUAAGAAUGCCUACGAAAAGGGAAGGCGUAUUGUGAAUCAUAACAUCGAGCUUGCUAAAAUAUUUGAAACAAUGUGUGCGGACAUCGUUACGCAAGUUCCAACUAGUAUUUUGGAUGAACUCCAGAUUAGAGGCUUAAAAACGGUAGACUUUGAAAUGUUGAAUGCUGGCUAUGAUCGUCAGCUGAAUGUUAUACAGUUUCCCCUGAAGAAUGCAUCGGGUCUGUUAGUAGGUGAGAAAUUACUCUAUUUACAAAAUGGUCGAGAAGAAACUCAACAAAAUGAAAAUGACUCCGGAAUGUUGAUAUAUGGGCCAAGUGAUAAACAAAAGGCAAUAUUAGUAUCAAAUAUUUUAGAUUUCCUUGUUUUGGUAGCUCAACGUAUUGAAACACAUUGUAUAGCAUGCCUUCCGUAUGGUCUCAAAGCCCUACCACAAGAAUGUUUACCUGCGUUGGAGAGAUUUAAAGAAAUAUUACUAUGGUUUCAAUAUGACUCUCCUGGUUGGGAUGUCGCCAAAUCUUUUUCCACAAAGCUUGACGAGAAACGAUGUCUGCUAAUAAAGCCUACAGAUACCGAACCUUGUCCUUUCGAAGCACAACGCAAACGAUUAAAUAUUAGACAUAUUUUGCAAAAAGCAACACCGGUGAAACAUAAAUCCAUCACCACAUUCAACACACUACGAAGUGACAUUUUAAGUGAACUACAAAACAUUGAAAAGGUUAAUGGAGUCAAGUGGAAAAGAUUUCCAAUUUUGAAUAAAUUACUUAAAGGCCAUCGUAAAGGAGAGUUAACAAUAAUUACCGGACCCACAGGGAGUGGAAAAACAACAUUUAUGAGUGAAUAUUCAUUGGAUUUAGCAUUACAAGGUGUGUCCACAUUAUGGGGAUCGUUUGAAAUACGAAAUGCUCGCCUCGCCUCAACAUUGUUGCGACAAUUUGUGGGAUAUUCUCUGGAGAAAAAGUUGCAUGAGUUUGAACAUUGGGCUAAUGAAUUUGAAAAAUAUCCUCUGUAUUUUAUGACAUUUCAUGGACAACAGCCAUUAAAAAUUGUCGUGGAGGCUAUAGAACAUGCCCACUACAUACACGAUAUUAAUCAUGUUAUCAUUGAUAAUUUACAAUUCAUGAUGGGCAUUUCAAGUACCUAUCGGACAGACAAGUUCUGGGAACAGGAUAAUAUUAUUGCAGCAUUCCGGUCUUUAGCUACAAAACACAACCUCCAUGUUACGCUUGUUAUGCACCCUCGGAAGGAACGAGAAGAAGACGACUUGACUACAAGCUCGAUUUUUGGUUCUGCUAAAGCCAGUCAAGAGGCAGAUAACGUUCUUAUUAUUCAAGAUAAACGUUUAACUUCACUUAGGGGUAAAAAGUAUUUACAAAUUGUUAAGAAUCGUUACAGUGGUGAUCUAGGCAUUAUGCCUUUAGAGUUUAACAAGGAAGCCCUAAGUUAUGCAUAUACUGGUUCAAAGCAGAAGAAAAAGGACAAAGAAAAGGAAGUAUCAGCACAACAAAUUAAUGACCAAAUUUUACAAAAUACUUAAAUAGUAAUUUCUUCUUGGAUUGUACAAAUUUGUAUAUAUUUUCCAAAUGAUAAGUCUAGAUAGUUUUUAAAAUAUAGUUUUAUACAAGAAAAUAUGAUUUUA